GAGUUUCAAACGUAGUGGUAGCGCGAAGCGGGUCGAGCACGAAGCAAUCUCAUAGGUAUCUAAAGAAACGGCGUAUCGCAACGAAAUCAAAGCAGGCGAAGAGAAGAAAUUUUGAAAAAACGUAACAACACCUAAAAAGAAGAAAAAGGUAGCCUAAAAGUGUCGGCCAGUUGAGAAAACACUUUAAACUCAAUUAUCAGCAAAACAAAACUGAAGAAAAGGGUCCCUUCGUAGUGGUCCCUUCGGUUUGUUGGUCGUAGUGUCGGUUGUUCGGUCGGUCAGUCGGUUUGGUCGGUCGAUUAGUUGGUCGUUGAUUUUUUGGCAUCCUUUGCGCGACAGUUUUUGAACCGUUUAAAUGGUUCAAGAAUAAGAUAUAAGAAAGCGCACACACUUUAUGACAACAACAGCAACAGAAAACGAAAAAGUUUAAAAGGUCCUUGCGGGUCCUUUCUGAGUGCGGAUAUUACUCAGUGUGUGUGUGAUUGUGUGUGCGUUGGUGUGUGUUAGUGAGUGUUUCCUGUUGGUGCAGCAGCUUAUGGAACCUGCUGCACCUGGUGCUCCUCCCCCAACAAAAAUCGAAAGGGGUUUAGUGAUAUAAUUAAUGAAAAUGGAAUGAAAUUAGUUUCGCCUCUCCCAUGAUGAUGAUGCUCCGGUCAACUCUAAUAAAAGCAAGGAUUACAAAAAGGAUUAAACAACAAAUGGCGUAUGUCGAACAUAAAUUGCAUUGAAACGCGAGAAGCUACACAUAUCUAGCUGGAAAAGCGGCAGCCCUCAUUUUGGGGAAAACAACAACGAGGAAAAUGAGAAGUUGUGGAAAACCAAAACCAGCUAUACGCAAUUGAAUCAAACCAAUACGAAAGAAGAAAAUCGAAGAGAGAGAGAGAGAGAGAGAAAAAGUAAACAAGGGCAGGGCCCAUUUAGCAAAGAGAAAACAAAAGAAACAGCAAUUGAAGGAAAAAUUCCCGAAAUCGUAACAGAAAUAUAUAUAAAACGCGGAAAAAUCUGUGUGGAAAUUAAUUGCAAAAAUGUGCGGCAAGAGUAAAGAGGCAACGGCAACUGUUGCAAUUGCAACUAUUGUUGUCCUUCUCCUGGUUAGCCGGAUAAUGGAAAUUCAAGGCGAACAGCAUCCGGCCACAGCUGAUGAAGGUCCUCUAUCGGAGGUUCUAACAGCCAUGGGGUCUGAGGUGGCCUUGCCGUGUGAUCUAAUGCCUGGAACUAUGAUUGCCGAUAAGGUUCAGCUGGUCAUUUGGUAUCGUCAGGGCAAUGUGAAGCCAAUAUAUACCUUUGAUGCGCGUGGUCGUCCUUUGCAUCAGGCCAUACCAUGGGCGGAUGAGAAUGUCUUCAAUAAGAAGGCGCAUUUCUACUAUGACACAAAUCCGCCAGCUUUACGCAUCAAGAAUAUACAGACCGCAGAUGCUGGGCUCUACAAAUGUCGCGUUGAUUUCCAUAAAUCACCAACGCGAAAUUGGCGCAUUAAUGUGACAGUUUUGGUUCCGCCCACACAGUUGACCAUUUUGGAUCAUCAUGGUGCUGCCAUAAGGGAACAAAGUGCUGGACCCUAUCUGGAAGGGGAUAGCAUCAAUUUAACUUGCCUUUCCAGUGGUGGAGUUCCUCCGCCACGUGUAUCCUGGUGGCGUGAGCAUGCCCUAGUUGAUGAUUCCUUUCAAGUUCUACCGGAUGGAUCAGUACGCAAUGUGCUCCAUUUGAAGAAUAUACAACGGAAGGAUCUAUUGACGAUGUACACCUGCCAGGCGACCAAUGGACAUGUGGUCCCUGCUUUGACCAAAAAAGUUGUCCUGGAUUUGAAUCUUCCACCACUUAGUCUAUUGCUGCAAGGCCUCAAUCAUGCUGUGAUCGCUGGCACUCGCACCCAUGUGACCUGCACGGCCAUUGGCGCUCGUCCCCCACCGCAUAUCAUAUGGUCGAAGGCAGGACAGAUACUGAAAGGAGCCUCCCAGUCGACUGCUCCUGAUGGCAAUACAACCAUCUCAGAGUUGAUGCUAAUACCCGUGCCGGAGGAUAAUGAACGUCAGGUGGUUUGUUCCAUCUCAUUGAAUGCCGGCAUUACAUCACAACAAUUGCAAGAAGGUCAUACCACAGUGAUGACCACUUUGGGCAAUGGCAAUCAGGGGCUUUACCUGAAAGACUCGCGAGUUCUCAAUGUGACGCAUGCUCCUAUUGUUACCCUCAAUCUGGGAGCUCCUCUUGAUCCGAAUAAUUUGCUGAAAGGUUCCGAUGUCUAUUUGGAGUGCGAUGUCAAGGCUAAUCCUGGUAUCACCCGUGUGGAAUGGUAUCACAAUGAUAAGCAACUGCAUUCCUCACGUGGCAUAAUCAUCUCGAACCAAACUCUAGUACUUCAAGGCAUCUCAAAAUCGUCGCAUGGCCAAUACUUUUGCCGUGCCACAAAUCUCCAGGGCAGCGUGUCCAGCAAUGAGGUCUACUUGGAUGUCAAAUAUCCGCCUGUGUGCAAGUCGGAUUCAACGAUUAUACGUGCAGCACUCAAGCAGACAAUCAACAUCACCUGCGAGGUGGACGCCAAUCCACUCGAUAAUCUAAAUUACAAGUGGCACUUCAACAACUCGCUGGAGACACUCAUAGAGCUGCCCCAACGUGAGCUGGCGGUCAGUCUGCCAUCGCUGCAGUUGCCUUCCGGCCAGACCGGAUAUUAUCAGCGCAGUAAAAGGAAGCACACACAUCACCUGCUCCAUGGACGACACGGUCGUGUGGCCAGCAUUGUUGACAUGGCCGCUGUACGCUUCGAGGACGACGACGACCAUGCCGAUGCUGACGGUGGUGACUAUGCCGAUGGCUCUGAGAAUUUGGAGCACGACUAUCAGGAUUAUGUUGUCGAUGGUGUGGGUCCCUAUACCCAAAUGGUCUACUCCAACAUGGUGCACAAGAAUCACGUGGAGAACAAGCAGCCCCAACGGAAGCUCCAGCAACAGCAACAGCAACAACAACAACAACAGCAGCAACAACUAUCGCAACAGCAAUCCCAGUAUCAGCUGCAAUUGGGUGAAUCCUCUGGACAUCAACUGGCCGAACGUAAACGUUUGGCUGCCCUCCAUAAGCAGCAGCAUCAUCGUCAGGUCAUGGCCGUGCCAACAACUACGGCUGUGCCGCCAUUGCAUAAUGUCUACAGCUACUAUGUGGAAAGCUAUGAGAGUUUCGGUGCCAUUUCCUGCGUGGCCAGCAGUCCGAUGGGACAGAGCCAACCUUGCUGGUACCACAUUCAACCGGCAGACCUUCCUGAAUCUGUGAAAAAUUGCACGGCUUACAAUGCCACAGCCAAUUCACUGCAGAUACAAUGCAUACCCGGCUAUGAUGGGGGUAUACCACAACAUUUUCAUGUGCAGGUCUAUGAUGAACUGAAUCGCCAGAUACUUUACAAUGCCUCGUACAAAUAUGCAGAAUUCACAGUGAAGCGUUUGCCCAGCGAUUCGGUCUUCGUCAUCCGGGUGACGGCCGUCAAUGCCCAGGGAGCCAGCAAGGUGGCCUAUCGGUUACGUGGACGUACGCUGUCAGCGCCAUUGCUACGAACAGCCUCCUCUACAGCCGUGCUAGUGCAGUUGACACCUCUGCUGGGCGCCUUAGUUGGCGUCAUUGCAACACUAUUUCUCGUGGCCAUUUGCGUGGUGAUCUUUAUCAAAUUUCGCAGCAAACGCAAUGGACGUCAUGCCAAUGGCGAUGCCACCACCACAGAGGCGGACAAGGGUAGCGCGGAGCCGCUAUCCAGGAAUAUGGGCAGUCAUUCCAGUUUGGAGGACAAAAAUCCGGAUGUGGUGCCACAGGAAGCCAACAGCGAGGAUGAAUUCCAUCUGGAGGAAAAGGCAUUCGACCGUCUGAAUAUGGAAUCGCAGCGAAUUUUGUAUACACCGCCAACGCGAAUUAGUAGCGCCUCCCCGCCGCCACCCCCUUCUCUAUCGCCCACAUUUGGCAAACAGUAUGGCGAACUAUCGCUGACAACGAAUCCUGCAUUUAGUUUGUACAAUACGCCGCAAAGAGCACCAGCUGCCCAACGUCCCAUUUAUACGGCUCCACCGCCUUUGCUAUCGACACGUACACCACCCAAUAUUUACACCAGAAUUCCGGGUCGAGGAUCAGUUGGAGGACCCAAUGGUGGAGCCACUACCACUGCCACAUAUUUGCCUGCCUACGAGACCCGCACCUCACCCACCUCCCCUUACGGCUCGACCACCACAUGCACCAUGCCCCUGCUGGGUGGCCAAUCGAAUGGCUCGCUGCAGACCAAUAGCAGUGCUGGAGCAGUUGGAGCUGGAGCUGGAUUAGUUGGCACUAACUGUAAUACUCUACCACAUCCGGGUAGCCUACAUGCGGGUGGAAUCUCAGCCGCUUUGACCAGCUCGGUGACCAGCGGGAACAUCACCAUUGGAGCUGCCCAAUCACUGUUGACUUCACCCAGAUCUCAGGCGGCCUACACUGGCUUGGGGCUGGUCGGUGGCACAAGUGGCACUCAAUCGCCUUUGCUCAGUGUGGGCGGCUCUCUGCUGGGCGCCGGAAACUAUGAGACGGUGACCUCCUGAGAGUUACCCAAAGAGGACAUCAAAUGUCAGAUUGUCUGCAUAGGCGGCGGGAGUAGUACGUGCACAACAUUGGGCGCCGAGCGCACUACCAUUGUCUAAGGGAUGUAUACACACAUAAUAACUGAGGUAAUCCGAAUCUGUAUUAUAGUAGUUAAGCGAUGGCACAGUGUGUACGAGUAUUUUUGUUUCUAACUGUUAGCCUAAAACAAAAAAAUAAUUCAAAACCUACAAGACUUCCGGAUGCUAAAAGAAAACAAAAACAAAAGAAUGCAAAUAACAAGCGGUUAAAAGUAAACUCCCAAUUAUAGAAAUAUAUAUUGAGAUAUAGAUACUAUUUAUAGAGAUAUGAAAGAGAUGUUAAUAUCACACACACAAACCUAAUGCAUUUACUUAGUUUACUCUACUUGGUGUCAAGGUAUGUGAAAAUGAGGUUAGAUCUAGCCAAUAAAGUGAGGUUAGAUACUAAAAGUAGGGUUAACUACUGAAAAGUGAGGUUAGAUCUAACCCUAAAAUUGACGUUACCUUGGGAAGUAUUCCAUGUAAGGUUAGCUAAUGAAAUUGAGGUUAUGGUCUAUGAAAAAUUAACUUGAAAAUGACAAUUCCACAUACUUCAGAUAAAAAUUGUCUGCCUGCUUCACAUACUUAAUAUUUACUUUGUAUACUUGACUUACAUUUGUGCGAAAGAACACUUCAGUGAACAAACAGAGCUAUGCUUAAAACAAACAAAAACAAGAACAAAACGAAAACUAAUUUAAACAAAUACUUAAAACAACUACACGAACAAGAGAAAGCCCUUCUAUCAACAAUUAGUUUUAGUCACCAACUUGUACAUAAUUCGAGAGUUAAGCUUAAUAGAUAUACAAAAUAAAUAUAUAUUAAUUAACUAACUGUGUAGCAUUAAUUCUAGACAUUAAACUAAUUGUAGUCUAAACUAAACUAGUUAGUCACAUUGAAUCUACGAAAAGACUAUCCCAAAAAACAAAAAGCCCCCAAGAACGAAUCCUGAGUAUAUAUAGCAAAUAUAUAUAUGGCAUAUCUGAAAAUCGUACGUACAUAUAUAUAUAUAAAUAUAGUUAAAGUCAAUAUACAUCUAGCACAAGCAACCAACAUAAAGAAACUGAAAUAGGCAAGAACUUUAUCUAACCGAUAUCAAUAUAUAUAUGUAUACUAUAAAUGUGUGU